AUGAAGCAUCCGCUCCUUCGAAAUCCGGCCAAAUGGCUUCGAGGAGUAGAAAAAGGACAUUCCGCUAAGUUGUAUAAAGAAAGCUAUUAUGACUCGCAGCUUUUAAAAGCUAAUCCUUUUGCUAAUGCGCUAGUGUCUACUCGCAAAGAUGUGAGCAAUUUCAGAUUCCCAUUAGGAAGCAUGGUCCAAGUCAUAGUAAAGAAAGAGCACGAAGCAUACAAUUUAGUUCCCGUUCUUGAAAAACCAAAAGUGGGCCAGAACCCUGCCAGCUAUGUCAUAGAAAGCGAAGCCUAUAUAGAUUUCCUUUCCAAACGACAUUUCAAGCCUAUACCUCUAAAGUAUCGUCACCGAAGUCUGUCCAUGGCGGAUUCGAUCCAGGUACCAAAAGACUUUCUUCAGCGGGCCGAGUCGAUAUAUUUGAACCGGAUUGAAGCACUAUUGCCUCAAUUGAAACGGAGCGGCGAUAAUAAUGGUAUUGUUCUCAAACCAUCUCCGGCGCAUAUUAAAGGCCAGUGGGAAAAUUCAACUUACGUCAUUUACGCUCCAUUUUGUACCGAAGAGCAAUUUAUUCCUUACAAGGGAAACAGUGAGCUCUGUUUUCUUCUAACAAGAUAUAUCCGAUUCAAAGACUUUACAAAUACAAAAGAGACAGCAAAACAAGCGUCACAGCACUGA